AUGGCCUGCCACGUCGCCCUGCGUCGCCUGAUGUCCGAGUACAAGCAGCUGACGAUCAGCCCGCCGGAGGGCAUCGUCGCCGGCCCGCCCGACGAGGAGAACUUCUUUCUCUGGGAGGUCGCCCUCGCCGGGCCCGAGGAGUCCGCCUACGAGGGCGGCGUCUUCAGCGCCACCCUCUCCUUUCCGCCCGAUUACCCGCUCCUGCCGCCGGUGCUUCGCUUCACCAGCGAGAUGUUCCACCCGAACAUCUACCCCGACGGAACGGUCUGCGUCAGCCUGCUGCACCCGCCCGACGAGGACGUCUUCGGCUACGAGAAGCUAGCGGACCGGUGGUCGCCGACGAGGACCGUCGAGAAGAUCCUCCUCUCCGUCCUUCUCCUUCUGGCCGAGCCAAACGCCGAGUCGCCGGCCAACGUUGACGCGGCGAAGAUGUGGCGCGAGGACCGGGCGCAGUACAACGCUCUGGUCGCGGAGACGGUUCGAAAAUCGCUCGGUCUGUGA